AAUCGCGUAAACGUUAAAAUUCGAUUAGUCGCGCAGAUUAGUCAUUGUUGUGAUUUUCCGCAGUUCGGAGAAUUUUUCAAAAUAGUUUCCACCGCUGAUUGCUGAUUCCAGAAUUACGGAAAACGAUGGCCUCCAACCUACCGGAAGUACCCGCAUCGUUGAAAGCAAUCGGACACUACCUGAAGACGGCCCAGGAGCAUGACAGCCGCGAUCCGAUCGUCAGCUACUGGUGUCGACUGUACGCCCUACAGCUGGGAAUGAAAAUCAAUAGUCAGGGAGCGGAGGAACGGAAGUUUUUGAUUUACGUUAUGGAUUGGCUGGAGACGACAAAGAAAGCUAAUGCUGAUAACGAUUGUAUCUUGCACGAAGUGGCCGCGCAAGCCUAUCUGGAAAACUACGCGCUGAGGUUGUUUUUGUACGCGGACAAGCAGGAUCGGGCGGGUAAUUUCGGGAAGAAUGUUGUGAAGGCUUUCUAUACGGCUGGGAUGCUGUACGAUGUGAUGCAAACAUUCGGAGAGCUGACGGAAGAAGUUACCCAGAAUAGGAAGUACGCGAAGUGGAAGGCGUCCUACAUACAUAACUGUUUGAAGAAUGGAGAAACUCCGGUUCCUGGCCCGAUGAAGACCGACGAGGAUACCGAGCUGGACAAUGAACUGGCCGGGCUGGGACCGGGACCUUCCGGACGAAGUGAUGAGCCGAUGGCUGGUCCGAGUAAUACUCAACCGCAGGCACCCUAUCCGACGAUGGGAUUCCAAAGUUGGCCACAACCAGGACAAGGAGGAGAACAACCACCGGCACAGAUUCCAUCCGGUCCGCCUUCUGGGCCGACCAAUUUCGUUACCAACGAUCCUUUCAGCAAUGUGAAAGCACCAACGCCACCAAGUGAACCGGAGAAACCACCGGGAGGAUUCCAGCCAUACACGGGCCCAGCGGCGACCAGUGAUGUUCCGGAACCGGUUGUGAAUGUCGCCACCGGAGUGCAGUUGACGUCGGAUCAGUUGACUAAAGCCCAGAAGUAUUGCAAAUGGGCAGGAAGUGCACUUAACUACGAGGACGUUAAGACGGCAAUCGAUAAUCUGCAGAAGGCGCUACGAUUGCUGCAAACUGGUCAAGAUAGUUAAGGAUAUUGAGUUUUUUGAUUGACGCAUAUAGCAGAUUCUCGUCAUUCGCCGUUAUUAUAAAUGUUAGUAUUUAGGAAUGCAAGAAUGUUCAUACGCAACGCUUUUUGGGCUUUCAAUAAAGAUUAUUUACUCACCUGA